AUGGGAAGUCAUAAGGACAGAGGUUGGGAGUGGAAUUUCACCUGGAGAAGGUCACUAUUCGACAGUGAAAUUGACCUGGUUGUCAAUUUCAUGAGAAAGGUUGAUGGUAAGGUCAUACAGCAACAAGGAUCCGACGAGGGGGAGUGGAGUGCAGACCCAAUAGGCCAAUACUCAACACGUAACACAUAUCAAAUGCUAGAGGAGGAGGCAGUUGUGGGUAGUCAAGAGGAAUACUUUGUGGAAUUGUGGAGAUUAAAGAUACCAAGCAGAAUAGCAGUUUUUGGGUGGAGGCUACUUAGAGACAGACUACCUACCAGACAAAAUCUACAGAGAAGGCAAGUGCAGCUCACAGACACGCUUUGUCCUUUCUGCAGAAAUGCUGAAGAGGAUGCAUCAUAUUUAUUCUUCCACUACAGCAAAAUCCAACCCUUGUGGUGGGAAACCAUGUCAUGGCUACAUUUACCUUUUCCUCUAAUUCCAAAACACCAUUUUCUUCAACACACAGGUGUUCAAGUGGAUGGUGUAAGGUUCAAGAGAUGGCACUGCUGGUGGUUAGCUUUAACAUGGUCUAUUUGGAAGCUCUGA